GUAGCGCUAGUAACAACACAAUAAAUAAUUAAGAAACAGGGAGAUCGAAAAAAAGGAUAUGUUAGGAAGUGUCAAAUGGCUGGUGGAAUGCGUGAUUUGUCUUGAAUGAGAGCAACAAUUAAAAACAGUUAAAAUGUUUCGUAUGACAAGGUGUUUCAUAUCCGCGCUGCACAACACAAAAAAUUGUCGUUGCUUGCGAACGUGCGUUCAACAUUUGGCAGAGGUUACCGAAUAUGAGUCUCCCAUCACAGAUGAAUAUAAAAAAGGUCCAAUGGAAGGUAGAGCUCUUUAUUUGGAUGCUCAAGCUACUACCCCAAUGGAUCCUCGAGUGUUGGACAAGAUGAUGCCUUACUUGACGGUAUAUCAUGGCAAUCCACAUUCCAGAACUCACAUGUAUGGUUGGGAAACAGAAGAAGCAGUUGAGCAAGCUCGCCAGCAAAUUGCAAAUCUAAUAGGAGCAGAUAAGAAGGAAGUAAUAUUCACCUCUGGCGCAACAGAAUGUAACAAUAUAGCUGUAAAAGGUGUGGCCAGGUUCUACAAGUCCAAGAAAAAUCAUGUUGUUACCACCCAGACUGAACACAAGUGUGUUUUGGAUUCGUGUAGAGCCUUGGAAGCGGAAGGAUUUGAAGUAACAUAUCUCCCUGUUAAGCCAAACGGUAUUAUUGAUCUCAGCGAGUUAGAAGCGGCUAUUAGACCAUCCACAUCGCUGGUGUCCAUAAUGAUGGUGAAUAACGAGAUCGGUGUCAAGCAACCUAUUGCAGAAAUUGGCGCCAUUUGUAGGAAGAAAAAAGUCUUUUUUCACACGGACGCCGCGCAGGCUAUAGGCAAAGUGCCGAUCGACGUUAAUUCCAUGAAUAUCGAUCUAAUGUCUAUCAGCGGUCACAAACUGUACGGUCCAAAGGGUAUCGGAGCUUUGUACGUCAGAAGAAGACCAAGGGUGCGCGUGGAGCCGUUGCAGAGCGGUGGUGGACAAGAGAGAGGAAUGAGAAGCGGUACCGUGCCCGCGCCGUUGGCCGUGGGAUUGGGCGCCGCCUGUGAGCUAGCACAAAUCGAGAUGGAUUACGAUCACCGAUAUAUCACCACACUGUCGAAUCGUCUGAUCGAGAAGAUAAUGUCGAAUUUGUCGCAAGUCGUGAGAAACGGCGAUCCCGUGGCCUGGUAUCCCGGCUGCGUGAAUUUGUCCUUUGCUUGCGUGGAGGGCGAGUCGUUGCUGAUGGCGCUGAAGAGCAUCGCGCUUAGCAGCGGUUCCGCAUGCACAAGCGCGAGUCUUGAACCGAGCUACGUGCUCAGAGCGAUCAACGUUUCCGAAGAUCUGGCUCAUUCCAGUAUCAGAUUCGGCAUCGGACGAUUCACCACGUUGGAAGAGGUCGAUUACACCGCGGAGAAUACGAUACGGGAAGUUAAGCGACUUCGGGAUAUGAGCCCACUGUGGGAAAUGGUGCAAGAUGGGGUCGACCUGAAGACUAUCAAAUGGGCUCAACACUAGUGCCUCGCGCGCGUAGUAGCCUUUACAAACCUCUUACAUAAGUAUAUAGUAGAUAAAAUUAUGUAUAAUUGAUUAAAAUGUAUAAAUGAUAUAUAGAAGAUCGUAAAAAAUCACACAUUGAGAGAUUUUAAAGAGAUUACAAACUUCUCGCGCAGGUAAUAAAAUUUUUAUUCGAGAA